AUGGUAUUGAAAUGGGAGCAACAUGCAGGUGUCUAUUGUGCUAUUGUUGACGGAUCUCUAUCGGAAGUUGGUGAUAAGUUCACGGAUGAAGAGCUCCGUCCGUUCCUGCCACUACUGGCAUCGUAUCUUUCUCAUCCAUCUCCUAGCACCUCGAGAAACUUCCUCUCCAAAAUAUGUUCGCUUGCUAUGAAAAGCGGGUUGAUGCCGUAUCUCACUCUGGAUUAUCAGUACAUUGGAAAUAACCUGGUUUGCCAGAAGAAGAGCGACGGAUUUGAAGGGUUUGCUGACCUUGAUCCAACUCAAAGGCUUACAGCUUUGUGUCGAGCUCUACAGAAGGAAGAGUUUGCGAAUCCAGAUGAAUGGUUAUUACCUUGUUUGUGUGAAGAGAAUAUGGAGGAAUUAGGGUGGAUGUUGUCGUUUGUCCUCCUUAAUAUGCCCAAUAUUAUUUCAAUUGAAGAUCUCGUAAUGAAAUUACUAUCUCUUAAGGAUGGAUCGGAACUUCUUACUCAGCUUGUUGCCCUCAAUCCCCCACUUUCACACUCAAUUCUGGAUCGAAUGGCCGAGAUGCGUAAGGAGUGCAUGUUUGCAACUCGAGUUGUAUGCGAGCGACUUGAUGAUGAGGCGGUUUGCUGUUUUCUCCGAACCCAUUUAUUGGAUAGGAAAGGGCAAAUUUCGACAUUAAUUGGCAAAAGUGCCACUAAGCACACAGCUGCAGUUGUUCUAAAUCGCUUGCUUAAUAUCAUCUCUGUUGCUGUCAGUAAGCAAUCAACGGAACCACUGACAGACGUGUUGUUGUCCAUUAUCUACCUUUAUCAUCGUUGCGGUAUGAAGCUUCCGCCGUCAGAUCUCACAUUAAUCACAUCUUUUAUAUGCCGGCGAAAUAUAGCUCAUGAAGGACAUCUUACUACAGCUCUUGCUGCUCUUAUUGCAACGCCGACGCUCACUUUUUCUACUAGCGUACCUGUUGCAUUGAGCUACCAAGUGGAAUCUCAUAUUUCUGCCUGGUUGGAAUGGAUACGAACGAAGACUGAGAACGGAUUUUGUGCAGCGUUUGCAAGAGAUCUGCUUAACGUUGGUUUAGGUGUGGUUGCAGGACGAUCGGAUAUCAUUUGUGCAUAUUUUGCAGAAAUCCUGAAAUUGCCAAAGGUGGUAAUAAACCAGCGACAAAUGGAACAGUGGAAAACACUUUUCACCAACUCAUGUCUUUCUGAAGCGGAUCUUACCACACGAUGUACAAGUCUUCCGAUUACUCUUUCUUUAUCCUCUUCUUCUGGGAACAGGUUACCUAUCCAUGUUAUGGCUGAGCUAAUGACUGCGAACGCCUUCACUAAAUACAAUGUUGAUAUCAGUAGCGUAUUUUCCGGUGACCUUCUCGACGAUGAAAAGCUUGCCGCGCGAGUUCUUGUUUUGCUCUACCUUCUUUGUUAUAAACGAAAAGUUGAUGCAGCUAAAGAGCAAGGGGUAUACCAAAGCGAUGUUUAUAUGCGAUUGCCUAUACGAUAUUUACUGAGCGUUAUGGAAGUGCGUUAUAAUGAUUUCGUCAAGGCAAGAUGUCAUCUGAUUCAUCUAGUAACGGAGCUCUUUCCACAUAUGUUGCCUACGAUCGACAGUAUUACAAUCGCGAAAUCUCGCCGAGCUGGGAUAAGGUUGAAAGAUGAUGUAAUGCAUUAG